CCUCCCCGCACAGCCCGCGCCUCGCGCCCUGAGUAAGUGGGCACCGCGUCCUCUGGGGCUCCUGCUGCUCCCGGAGCCGCCAUGGCCCCGGCCCUCUGCCCACGCGUCAGCCGCAUCCUCUGCCUCGCCUGUCUCCUGCCCUUGGCACCGGCUGUGGUGGCCACAGGCCUGUAUGAACUUCACCUCGUCACAGAUAGUCCUGCCACCACGGGGGCAGAGGUGACCAUCACGGCUAGCCUGGUGGCCAGUGACAACGGCAGCCUGGACCUGCCCACCGACACUCACUUCUACCACUUCCACUGGAUCCACGCCCCGCUGCUGCUCACGGGGAAGACCGAGGAGGCCUUCAGCUCCACCAUCCGUGCUGUGGGGACCGCGCCUGGGGACUUCCCCGUCUCUGUCUGGGUCACCACUGCCGACUGCCGGAUGUGCCAGCCUGUGGCGAGGAGCCUCGUCGUCCUCUCUGUCACAGAGUUCAUUGUGGGGAACCUCGCUGUCACCCAGAACAUGUCCCUGCCCUGGCCCAGCUCCUACCUCACCAAGACCGUCCUGAAAGUCUCCUUCCUCCGCCAUGACCCGAGCAACUUCUUCCAGGCCGCCUCAUUUCUCUACAGCUGGGACUUCGGAGACGGCACCCAGAUGGUGACUGAAGACCCCGUGGUCUAUUAUAAUUACUCCCUCAUCGGGACCUUCACCGUGAAGCUCAAAGUGGUGGCAGAGUGGGAACAGACCACGCCAGACGCAGGGAAGGGCGUCAUGCAGAAGACGGGGGACUUCUCCGCCUCGCUGAAGCUGCAGGAAACUCUUCGAGGCAUCCAGGUGUUGGGGCCCAACCAAAUUCAGACCUUCCAAAAGAUGACAGUGACCUUGAACUUCCUGGGGAGCCCCCCGCUGACCGUGUGCUGGCGCCUCAAGCCCGAGUGCCUCCCCCUGGAGGAAAGGGAAUGCCACCCGGUGUCGGUGGCCAGCACGGCCUACAACCUGACCCACGUCUUCAGGGACGCCGGGGACUACUGCUUCAGCAUCUGGGCUGAGAAUGUCGUCAGCGAGACACACCAGUACCACAGGGUCCAGGUGUGGCCCUCCAGCAUCCGGCCGGCCGUCUUUGCUUUCCCCUGCGCCACGCUGAUCACCAUGAUGCUGGCCUUCAUCAUGUACAUGGCCCUGAGGACCGCCGCCCACCAGAAGGACAUGGUGGAGAACCCGGAGCCGCCCGCUGGAGUCAAGUGCUGCCAGACGUGCUGCGGGCCCUUCCUGCUGGAGGCCCCGUCUGAGUACCUGGAGGUCGUCCGCGAGAGCCACGGGCUGCUGCCGCCCCUCUACAAGUCCGUGAAAACGUACACGGUGUGA